AUGUUCACCAACGCCAUCAUCACCUUCGGCCUGGCCACCCUCGCCAGUGCCCACAUGAAGAUGAGCUCGCCCGUCCCCUACGACGCCGCCAACCUCGACAACAGCCCUUUGCUGGGCGACGGCAGCAACUUUCCUUGCAAGGCUAGCAGCUACAACGCCGCCGGUGCCUCGAACGUCUAUGCCCAGGGUGCUAAGGGCGAGCUGGCUUUCAUCGGUUCUGCCGUCCACGGCGGUGGAUCUUGCCAGGUUUCUAUCACCUACGACGCUAAGCCAAACAAGAACAGCGUCUGGAAGGUUAUCAAGUCAAUUGAGGGAGGCUGUCCAGCCAAGAACACUGCAGGCAACCUCGGCGACAAUGCCAACCAGCAAGGGAAGGACACUUACGACUUCACCAUCCCUUCAGACAUUCCUGCGGGCAAUGGUACUAUCGCUUGGACUUGGUUCAACAAGAUUGGCAACCGCGAGAUGUACAUGAACUGCGGACCCGUUACCAUUACCGGAUCUGCUGGCUCUCAAGCUGCCUACGAGGCCCUUCCCAACAUGCUCGUUGCCAACAUCAACGAUUGCAAGGUCACCGACAGCACCGACCUCAAGUUCCCCAACCCCGGCUCAUCUGUUGAUAUUUUCGCUUCCGGCAAACUUACUGAGCUCCCGGACAACGCCGCGUGCAAUGCGCUCAAGGCUGGUGGUGGUUCCGGCGGCGGCUCUCCCGCCCCCAGCUCUGCUCCCACCUCUACCCCGGCCUCACCCCAGCCCUCUGCCUCGAAGCCGACCGGCAACGCCUCCCUACCGGGCGGUGUUUUUAUCACUGUUCCCGCCAACGGUGGCGCCUCUGCCACUCCCACUGCCUCGGCCUCUGCUCCCAAUGCACCUGCGGUCACUCCCAGCGCUGCCCCUUCCGCCGCUCCCCCCGCCGCUCCCCCCGCCGCCCCUUCGUCUGGUACUGGCAGCGGCAACGGCACUGGGACUCCUACCGCCGGCGCCGGUGUCCAGACUGUCGGCGCCGCCUGCACUGAUGAGGGUGCUUGGAACUGUGUCGGAGGCAGCUCCUUCCAGCGCUGCGCCAGCGGUACUUGGUCGGCUGUCCAGGCCCUUGCCGGCGGCACCUCUUGCACUACUGGCAUCAGCUCCGACCUCAGCAUGGUUGUGACCCGAAAUGGCCGCAAGCGUGCUCUCCGCCAGCGCUCCCUUCGCUUCCGUUCCGCCUAA